UUGUUUGAAGCUAAAAUGGCUGCUGCCCCUGGGGGUGGUGAUACUAAGGAGGAUAUCCGGAAAUUCUUUGGCGUUGUGCCUCCUGGAAAGCAGCAGGGGUGCCAGGCUGUGAAAAAGAGCGAGAAUAAAAACGGGGAAGGAGAAUCAAGUGGGAAGAAGAGGGGAAAGGAAACAAAGGUGAAGAGUUCACCCAGUGAAGAUGUUCCCAAACAAAAGCAGGCAUACAAGAAAAAAAGAAUAAUCUAUGAUUCAGAUUCAGAAGAGGAGGUGCAGUCUGAAAAAACCAAGAAGACAUCAGAGAAGAAAGCAGCGACUCCAAAACUUGGUAAAGUUCUAAAGCAGCAUCCUGUUGUCUAUGUUUCAGAGACAGAUGAAGAGGAUGACUUUGUCAACAAGAGAAUUUCCCUGAAACCAAAGGAGAAUGGGGCAUCAGCAAUCAGUUGUCCAGGAACAGCAGCAGUGAAAAAAGCAGAUGUAAAGGCACAGGCUAAAGCCAAACCAUUAUCUCCGGUGAAACUGACUCCCACCUCAGCUCUUGAUUACUUUGGGACAAGAAGUGUCCAGCGAUCAGAAAAGAAACUGGUAGCGAGUAAAAGGAAGGAACCUUCACAAAGCGGAGACAGCACACUAGAUGAUGAGGCCAUUGCUAGGCAACUGCAGCUUGAAGAAGAUUCGGAGCUGGAGAGACAGCUGCAUGAAGAUGAAGAAUUUGCUAGAACUUUGGCAAUGUUGGAUGAAACCCCACAGAAGAAAAAGGCUCGGAGAGAUUCGGGGGAGCAAACGGUGCUGAGCAUCAAGAGCAGUCCUAAUGCGACGGGAAGAUACAAACAAUCCCAAAGAGCGAAAGCAACAAACUCGGCAGGUGAAGUAAAAGAACAAACUAAAUCUGAAAAUUCAAAAGAGCCUAAUUUACAUCCAUCUGUUGGUGAAAUAGCAAGGGCACUGACGGAGAAAACCUUGCCUUUGAAACCUACCUCAAAGCUUGUGGCUCUAAAACAGAAGGAGGAGACUACUAAAAAGCAAAGUGGCACUCAAAACUUACUAUCAAAAGAAAAAAAUGCUAUGGGGAAAGAAGAGAAAAGAACACCCAAGAAGGAGAAAAUUUCUCCCAAGAAGGCUGAGUCUAUAAGUCCUGAGGACUCUGAAAAGAGACGAAGCAACUAUCAAGCCUACCGAAGCUUCCUCAAUCGCGAGGGUCCGAAAGCUCUGGGUUCCAAAGAGAUUCCUCAAGGAGCUGAAAACUGCUUGGAAGGCCUGACGUUCGUAAUUACAGGAGUUCUGGAGUCCAUUGAAAGAGAUGAGGCCAAGUCUCUGAUUGAACGAUACGGAGGAAAAGUAACUGGCAAUGUCAGCAAGAAGACAAACUAUCUGGUUAUGGGACGAGACUGCGGACAGUCUAAAUGUGAAAAGGCAUCAGCUUUAGGGACAAAAAUUAUUGAUGAGGAUGGCCUAUUUGAUCUUGUUCGAACGAUGCCAGGCAAGAAGUCCAAGUAUGAGCUGGCAGCUGAAACAGAGGCAAAGAAGGCAGAGUCAAGACAUAAAAAGACACCACAGAAAACUGAGUCUGGCAAAAGGAAUUUUAGUCCUCUCAAAAGGGAAGCUGAUAGGAAGAAAAGUAAUUGUACACCUGAAAAGGGAGGUACCUUCAAAUCUGUCAAGAAAGAAGCUACUGCCAUUCGAAAGCUUAAGGACUUUGAACAUCAAACUGUGCAGAAGAAAGAAGCCCCCAAAUCUAAGGGGACCUUGGUUUCUGAGAGCAGUGAAAAUAAAACAGAGACAUUACUAUGGGUAGAUAAAUACAAGCCUGCAUCUCUUAAGGCGAUAAUUGGACAGCAGGGUGAGCAGAGCUGUGCCAAUAAACUCCUCCGAUGGCUUCGAAGCUGGUACAGGAAUACCUCAGAAGAUGGACAAGCAAAGACCAACAAAUCUGGAGGCAAAGAUGAUGGUUCUAGUUUUAAAGCAGCAUUGCUCUCUGGUCCACCUGGAGUUGGUAAAACUACCACAGCUUCUUUAGUUUGUAAGGAACUGGGGUACAGCUAUGUGGAGCUGAAUGCCAGUGACACUCGAAGUAAGAACAGUCUAAAGGAAGUAGUUGCUGAAUCACUGAACAACACCAGCAUCAAAGGCUUCUGUUCUGGCACAUCCUCAUCAGUUAGCGGGAAACAUGUAUUGAUCAUGGAUGAAGUGGAUGGUAUGGCAGGCAAUGAAGACAGAGGAGGGAUUCAGGAACUGAUUGGUUUGAUUAAACACACAAAGAUACCCAUCAUCUGUAUGUGUAAUGACCGAAACCAUCCGAAAAUUCGUUCCUUGGUCCACUAUUGUUUUGAUCUUCGUUUUCAGAGACCUCGUCUAGAACAGAUUAAGGGUGCCAUGAUGUCUAUUGCAUUUAAAGAAGGUUUGAAAAUUCCACCACCUGCUAUGAACGAGAUAAUCCUGGCAGCAAAUCAAGACAUCAGACAGGUUUUGCAUAAUCUCAAUAUGUGGUGUGCAAAAGAUAAAUCAUUGACUUACGAUGAGGCCAAAACAGACGCUGGCAGAGCCAAAAAGGAUAUCAAACUGGGCCCUUUUGAUGUUGUCCGGAAAGUUUUUGCUGCUGGAGAGGAGGCUUCUCGUAUGUCUCUUAUAGACAAAUCAGAUCUCUUCUUCCAUGACUAUUCCCUAGCACCUCUCUUUGUCCAAGAGAACUAUGUGCAUGUGAAACCUGCUGCUGCUGGAGGAGAUUUGAAGAAACACUUGAUGCUCUUGAGUAGAGCUGCUGAUAGUAUAUGUGAUGGUGAUCUGGUGGACAAACAGAUUCGUACCAAGCAAAACUGGAACCUUCUACCGACACAGGCUAUUUAUUCGAGUGUUCUUCCUGGGGAGCUGAUGAGAGGUUACAUGUCCCAGUUUCCUGUCUUUCCCAGCUGGCUGGGGAAAUUUUCAUCCACGGGCAAACACGAACGUAUCAUCCAAGAACUGGCAAUGCACAUGAGUCUGAGAACCCAAGCAUGCAAGAGGACAGUAAAUAUGGAAUAUUUGUCACAUCUGCGUGAUGCACUCAUCCAGCCACUGAAAGCCUUUGGAGCAGAUGGGGUACAAGAUGCUAUAGCAUUCAUGGACUCUUACUGCCUGAUGAAAGAAGACAUUGAAAACAUAAUGGAAAUAAGCAUGUGGGGAGGUAAACCCAGUCCUUUUUCAAAGCUGGAUCCCAAGGUCAAGGCAGCUUUUACACGUGCCUACAACAAAGAGGUGCAUCUGACUCCAUAUUCCCUUCAUUCUGUGAAGUUGUCAAGACAGCAGUCAGGAUCCAUGGGGACCUCUGAACUGAACGGAGAACUGAAUGUGGAAGAGAUCCAAUCUGAGGAGGAGGAGCAAGAUACUGUUGAAAGUGAUGCAAUGAUCAAGCAAAAAAAGGUGAAGUCUUCCAAGCUGCCAAAAAGAGAGAAAAAUGAAGAAACAACAAAAAAAGAAGGUAAAAGAAAAGAGAAAACAAGACAUUAAACAGAAAAAUCUUGCUCUGGAAGUGACUUUGUUUAUCUAACUUCUGUCAGGAACAUUUAACUGAUCUGGUGAUAAAGAACCAGUGCAUUGAAAAUGUUCCUCUUAUAGAGGAGCUGUAGCUCCUGUUGUCCCAGGGGGCAGUGCUGUAUGUACCGAACGUGCUGUGUUACAAGCCAUAACUACUCUUGUAGAACAAGCACCAGGGUGCAUGAACAUGAUGCAAAUGUAAUGUGUAGUCACCUGGUGUUUAUGCAAGUCUUCACAUGACUGUUUUUAUAAUAAAUCCUCUGUUAUUAUGUACUGAAAUCUUGUAAAUAGUAAAUCCUAAUCUGCAUAUUUGUACAUUAUAGCAAUUAAGCAGUGUAUAGAAUUACAAUAAAAUGUGUUUCACAGGACGUUUCUAUUUUUGCUUAAGGGCACAGCACGUUCUGGCAGAAGUUCUGAUUUUGCUGCAUCUAUCAGGCUUUUUUUUUUUUUUUUAACUGACCCCAUAGCCAUAAAAAAGCAAAGCAGAGGGGGAUUUAGUUCCAAAACUUGUUGUGUUUAAAUUUUAUAGCUGCAAUUAAAGCCAGAACAAAAUACCUAAAAACUUACGAACUGUUUAACAGAAACUGAAGUGAUGAAAGCUCAGAACUGAUGCUGAAUAUGUGAACAAGGGCUUCUGCCACUGCUGGCCUGCUUGGUGUAAAUGAAGCAAAGAAAAAAAAAAAGCAAUACCCUCUGUAUACUUAAGGGCCAAUGUUAAAUCUGCACCUCAACAACUUGAAGGAUUGAGAUGCAGCCUUAAACUCUUGAACACUGAACUUUCCUUGCUGGGAAACAUGGCUACUGCCCUUUCAAAUGAGCCCUGCUAUCUAAUUAAAAAA